AUGUCAUUUUGUAAGCUCAUGGUUAUCGGAAGACCUUCUUGGCUUCUGUGUACAAACGAUGACCAACCGGAGACAGACCAAUGUAUUACCAGAAACCUUCCGUUGUCCCAUCCAGUAGGCGCGGCUAGUAUAAAGAAAAGAAAGGAAGGAAGCAUGGAUCUCUGA